AUGGACGGUACGGCAUCGUUCGACUAUGACUCCCAACAACAGAAACCAGGAGCGGAAUCUGUCGCAGCCGGGUACGACCCGAAUUAUGUACCCGACUCCGUGAAAUCGUUUGUGGGCCACAUGUACCGGCACAUAAGGGAGAAGAACGUGUACGAGAUUCACCAAAUGUACGAAACCUCAUUUCAGAGCAUCAGUGACCGGUUUUUCAAGGACUCCCCAUGGCCAUCGGUCGAUGCGGUGGCGCCGUAUGUGGAUAAUGAUCACGUGUUUUGCUUGCUCUAUCGGGAGAUGUGGUUCCGCCAUCUGUAUGCAAGGCAUUCGCCUACGCUCAGACAGCGGAUCGAUUCGUGGGAUAAUUACUGCAGCCUAUUCCAGGUUGUGUUGCAUGGGGUGGUCAAUAUGCAAUUGCCAAACCAGUGGUUGUGGGACAUGGUAGAUGAAUUUGUUUACCAGUUCCAGUCAUUCUGCCAGUACCGUGCCAAGAUGAAGAGCAAGACAGAGCAGGAGAUUGCUCUCCUGAGGCAGUAUGAUCAGGCUUGGAAUGUUUAUGGUGUUCUCAAUUUCUUGCAAGCACUUGUGGAGAAAUCUACGAUCAUUCAAAUUCUGGAGCAGGAGAAAGAAGGCCUUGUACAGUUUACUGCUACGGAUGGAUAUGAUUACAAUGGUGGAAGUAAUGUCUUGAAGUUCUUGGGCGUUAUUGGAAGCCACAUUACUACCAUAUAUCAUUAUGGGUUUGCUAGCCUUAUGCUGCGGAGGUAUGUGGACGCCAUCAGAGAAUUCAACAAGAUACUUCUUUACAUUUACAAGACUAAGCAGUAUCACCAAAAAUCUCCACAGUAUGAACAGAUAUUGAAGAAGAAUGAGCAGAUGUAUGCUUUGCUUGCCAUUUCUCUUUCUCUUUGCCCUCAAGUGAUGCUUGUUGAAGAGACCGUAAACUCUCAAUUGCGGGAGAAGUAUGGUGAUAAAAUGUUGAGAAUGCAGAGAAGUGAUGAUGAGGGAUUUGCUCUGUAUGAUGAGCUCUUCUCAUACGCUUGCCCCAAGUUUAUUACUCCCUCAGCCCCGAGCUAUGAGGAGCCUCUUGUAAACUACAAUCAGGAUGCUUAUAGACUACAGUUGAAGCUCUUUCUUUAUGAAGUGAAGCAGCAACAACUGCUAUCUGGAGUCCGGACCUUCUUGAAAGUGUACUCAACUAUCUCCCUUGGGAAACUAGCAACUUACAUGGAAGUUGAUGAACCCACUUUAAGGACAAUAUUGAUGACAUACAAACACAAAACACAUGCAGUAGAUUCCGAGGGAAAGAUCACCUCCAAUGCGGAUGUGAAUUUCUACAUUGAUGAUGACAUGAUUCACGUUGUAGAAUCCAAGCUGGCAAAACGGUACGGGGAUUACUUUUUGCGUCAAAUUGUCAAGCUCGAAGGGGUGAUGUCAGAUGUUGACAGGAUAAAACUGGAAUAA